CACCAUUUGCUUUCAAACAAAAUUCGGAAAACCGGUGAUACACAUAUGGUUUCUAAAGCAUACAACAAUAUGUAUUAGAUGGCUGUCUAAGGUAUUAAGGUAAUAAAAGUUUCACGUUCAUAUAGAUAUGAACAAUUGGUCAAAGCAAUUUGUGCACAGUCGCUAUACUAUUGCUGGAUAUGUGUUUGACAAGAUAACUCACAUUGCUUCUGCGAAUUCGUUGUUGGCUUUACUACCGUGGUGAUUUUAGAGGUUUUAUUUUAAUUAAUGCGCUCAAGUUUUGUCCGAAAAUAUCAAAGUAAUAUUAAAACAUAUAAUAUCCAAUAUUAGACUAGAUAUGUCAAAUAUAAAUAAUCCGACGGCACUAGUAAAUUGUGUUGCUAUGCUCAUCCUGAAGCCCCAUUAAUUGAGGAUUACAGGGCUGGUGACAUGAUUUGCUCAGAAUGUGGACUUGUAGUAGGUGAUCGCGUUAUUGACGUUGGCUCGGAGUGGCGUACUUUUAGUAAUGAAAAAAGUGGAGUUGAUCCAAGCCGUGUUGGCGGAGCUGAAAAUCCAUUGCUUGGUGGGGGAGAUCUGUCAACAAUAAUCGGACCAGGAACAGGAUCUGCAUCAUAUGACGCUUUUGGGGCACCAAAAUAUCAAAAUAGGCGCACCAUGAGUAGUUCCGAUAGAUCUUUGAUUUCAGCCUUCAAGGAAAUAUCAACAAUGGCUGAUCGAAUAAAUCUUCCGAAAACAAUAGUCGAUCGCGCUAAUAAUCUCUUUAAACAGGUGCAUGAUGGUAAAAAUCUCAAAGGACGGUCAAACGAUGCUAAGGCAUCUGCGUGCUUGUAUAUUGCCUGCCGACAAGAGGGUGUUCCUCGUACUUUUAAAGAAAUAUGUGCCGUUAGCAAAAUAAGCAAAAAAGAAAUUGGUCGUUGCUUUAAGUUGACCCUAAAAGCACUUGAAACAAGUGUUGACUUAAUUACAACUGCUGAUUUCAUGUCUAGAUUUUGUGCCAAUCUUGACCUUCCAAAUAUGGUACAACGAGCUGCAACAUACAUAGCUAAAAAAGCUGUCGAAAUGGAUAUUGUUCCGGGAAGAUCACCUAUUUCAGUAGCUGCCGCAGCCAUUUAUAUGGCUUCUCAGGCUUCCGAACAUAAACGUAGUCAAAAAGAAAUUGGUGACAUUGCAGGUGUGGCCGAUGUAACGAUAAGGCAAUCUUAUAAAUUGAUGUAUCCACACGCUCUGAAGCUAUUUCCUGAGGAUUUCAAGUUCACUACUCCUAUUGAUCAACUACCACAAAUGUAGAAUGUAUAGCCUUAUAUUUAUCCUUCGUAGCCAUCAACAUUAGAGUAAUUAAAUACACAGACUAUAAUUUAUAGUUAAUCUAUAAAAUUAGUUUUAAAAGUAAUUAGUUCUGAGCUAGCGAAUGGUUGUUAAGGGGCACACCUAGAGUAAUAGCCUAAAAAAGGUGAUUUUUAUCAAUUAUUUAAAAAUUUUAAGAAUAUAUUUAUACAUGUUUCAAGAAUAUACAGUGAAAUUUUUGAAGAAAAAAAUUAAAUAUUUUUUAAGUUAUAGUCGAUCUCCAACGGCGCGAAAAAAGGUCCUUCACUGCACUUCACUUUGCUGCAGUGAUUCCGGUCUUCUCCGUGGAUGAAAUCUAAAAAAAAAUUCUCGUUAAACUAGAUAAUAUUGUCUGUACAAUGAUCUACGAUAAAAAAAAUCAAAAAUUGACAAUAUGGCGGCGUUUAAAAAAAAAUAGUCGAAUUUUACCAAAAAUUUUGGUCAAUGCCAAAAUUAGAUUUUUUGAUCAGAUCAAAAA